CUUGUUACCCAAAGUGUUCUGGUUGGUUCAUCUUCUUUUGAACCUGGAAACGCGCCGCCCCAAGCACCGUCCUGUCUGCUGUUCCUGUCUGCUUCAGAUCCAGGAACAAUAUUUACACUGCUUUGACAAUGGGGGACGCUGCAGGGGAUCGCAUGCAAUGAGUGGGAGGGAUGGGAAACGGGACUGCGCCUCAUAAACCGACUGAUGCGACGAGCAUCAAUGAAGGGCUGAUCGUUUAAGGAUUGGUGCGUCUUUUAUCAGGGAGGAGGGAAAGGAAGCGCUCUGUGUGGAAAUAUAACAAAGGUUAUCCAACAACAGGAGGCUGCACAAGCAGGAGGACAAGACCAAAGCCACAUGUCAGGAAGUGCAUGCUGACACAAACGCCGGUGAGCAUGUGUGUGUGAGUUUCUGCUGCUGACUGUUUACAUCUGAUCGACCAUGCCUGGGCCUGACAACAAGCUGUCGGUGCGACGCUGCCUCACCUUUGCUACUGGCCUGGUGGAGUGCCUCUGUUUUGCUGGAGCUGUGUUUGGGUGGGCUUCCCUCGUCUUUGUCCUCAAGGAGGACCGUUAUUUCAUCUCCUUGUGUGUUAAUGGCACAGGACCCAACGGCACACAAACGCUGGACUGCGGCCCACAGGAUGAACAGUUCUCACUCAUUUUCACCAUCGCCUCCUUCAUGAACAACUUUCUGACGUUGCCCAAUGGUUUCAUCUUUGAUCGAUUCGGUACAACAGUGACUCGCCUCUAUGGAAUAUUCAUUUACACCCUGGGUACCUUGAUGCUGGCUUUUUCUUCAUCAGCUCUUGCCUACAUUCUCUUCCCGGCUCUCUCUUUCCUGGCGGUUGGAGGCAUCUUAUUCCUAAUGACAAACAUGCAGGUUGGAAACCUGUUCGGCUCGCGUCGCUCCACCAUCAUCACUCUCUACAACGGGGCUUUUGAUUCUUCUUCAGCGCUCUUCCUCGUCAUCAAGCUGCUACAUGAGUCUGGCGUCUCCCUGCGUGCUGCCUUCCUCUUCCUGUCUUCCUGCAGCGUCAUUCAUAUCCUCAGGACUUUCUUCCUGCUUCCCAGAAACUUUAUUCCUUACCCACUGCCCGAUCGUUACACAUAUGGGGUCUCUUGUGGUAAAUCAGAGGAUGCGAGCACAGAGGUGGCAGCAAAUGGUCAGGCACAUUCAGCAGCUGAGGACACCCCUCUCACAGAGAAGGCUUCCAUCAAACAAGAGAAGACUUUCCGUGAGUGUUUGCUGUCCAGGUUCUUUAUCUGGCACCUGCUCUGGCUGUCGGUGAUGCAGCUCCGGCACUACCUGUUCAUCGGCACCCUCAACCCCAUGCUGCAGAGGCUGACAGAAGGAGACCCCUCACUGGUGAGCCAGUACACCAACGCCUUCGCCAUCACCCAGCUGUGUGGAGUGCUGUGCGCUCCCUGGAAUGGGCUCAUUAUGGACAGGCAUAAAGGCAAACCGCGAGCUGCAGGAGAAACAGAGCAUGAGGCUGACCUGCGAGCUUCUGUGCUUUCCUUAUUCCUGACGGCGCUGCAGUGCGUGUUGUUCUCUCUCUGUGCCUCCACCCCCUACCUGCCUCUUCAGUACCUCACCUUCAUCCUGCAGGUGCUCAACCGCUCCUUCCUGUAUGGCGGCAAUGCAGCCUUCAUCAGCGUGGCAUUUCCAUCCUGCCACUUUGGGAAGCUGUAUGGUCUGGUCAUGGCUCUGUCUGCCGUCUUUUCUCUGCUCCAGUAUCCCUGCUUUGCUCUGAUGAAAGGAGCUCUGGGUGGAGAUCCUUUAUAUGUGAACGUCGGACUGACCGUGCUCAGCCUGCUGGCCUUCAUACAUCCGUUGUUUGUCUACCUGCACUGCCGAAAUCUCGCCUCUGAGAGAGCAAAGAGCAAAGCCUCAAAUUAAAGAGAGUAAAAUGAGAUCGGUCACUAGUGUUUAAAGCUUUCCACCGUGAAUAGUGUUAUCAUCUGGUCCGCACAAGGCUGCAAACCAUUUCCUCACUAGAAACUAAGAAAACUUUACCUUCAGUUAAGAAGGUGAUCAUUUUUAAUAUUUAACACUUAGUUUAAGCUAACGUUCUAUUUGUUUGUGGUCCUAACUGUCCAAGGGAAGACAAACAUUAGGCAUAAAAUUACAAAUCUUUAUGUCACAGUGUCAAGUUGAGGAUUUUUUACGCCCUAAAAGUGCUAUUCUGGAAAACUCAGGAGCAACGAUCCAACUUCAGACCAAAGCCUACCAUCUAAUGCAGCUUUAAACCUGUCAGCACGGGACAUUUGUUUUAUCUACAAACUGCAAACCUUAGCAUAAAAUAAAAAAUAAAAAUACUUAAAUAUGGUCCUAUAUCAAUCCUAAGUUUUGCAGCAAUUUAAAUGUACAAAGGGAUAGAACGCAUGUGUAAUGGCUAAUGAAUCAUUAAAGCCUCACAUGUGGAUAAAAGCUACAUUAAGCACUUAUUCCAAAUAUCCUGUUCUAAUAUAAACAUAACCUUUUUCAGAUAGCAUUUGAAUAGAAUCAGCCAUUUAUAAAUGCACAAACACCCCUUUAUGUAGCAGUGUUAUAUUCUCUUAAACUCUGGGAUAAUGAAAUGGGAAACUAGAAUACGGAGCUUCUAUUAUGAUUAAAAGAAAAAAGGAAGUAAACAAAAAAGGGAACAAAAACAUGAAGGUUUUUAGUGUGGCAUGUUGUAAGUCAGUUCUUUACUCAAAAAUUCAGUGUUAGCAUCCGUAAAUGUAAAAUAAUGUAGAACAGCAGUCCUUUCCAAAACCUCCUCUUUAGGUCUGCACAGUCUCAAUAAAAUGACUUCUACUGCCAUUCUUUUUUUGGAGAGAAAAGGGAUUUUAAAUGAAAUGGGAAGGGAAACAGAUUCUUUAUAAAAGUAAAAGUGUGUUUCACUUCAAUUUUUUUUUAGUUUUGUAUUUUUUGUUGUGUUUACCUUGUCAACUGAUGCUUGAAGAUACUCUUUUUUUGCACAGAUUUACAGGGCUUGUUACAUACCUCUUCCUAUGUUUUAAUAGUUACUUACAUUAUAUUAAGAUAUUUUAAGUAGGUCAUACUUUUUUCCCACUAAUGCAACGUUUUGUAAUGUUAAACAACUCACUCACGUUGUUUUUUGCAAACUGUUUGUUUACUAUUUGAUAUUAUGUCAUUUAUGGCUGAAAGGGUAAAGUCACAGGGGUCAUGUUUAUUUAUGCAAACAGUUAAAGCUUGUUAAUCAGUUCUGGAGAGUGGGAAACUCUGCCCUCUGCUGGCUGUAAGGCAGACUCAUGUCUUAAUCUGGAAUUGUUUCUCCUUUUUCUUAAAUAGAGUAUUAUUAUCUGUGUUUUAUAGUAAUUAGUUAUGUUAUGUUGUACUAACAUUUGUAUAGGAUCAGAAAGGGACAUUUUCAACUCUAAGUAUUUUUGAAAGAGA